UCCCCUCCCGCGUGGAUGGGAAAGGCCAGCGGGAGAGCCGGGCAGCGCAGGCCCGCAGCCGCAGGGCCACACUUCACUCCCCUUGGGCCGCAGGACCCCACAGCGGCCUGGAGAGCCCGGGCGGCCUGGGCGGGUGUGAGCGGACGGAGCAGAGGGUCCCCCGCGCCUCCUACCACAGCGGCCACGGUCCAUCCGGGGCCGGCGGGUCCUCCCCUCCUUCUCGGCCCUACUUGCUCCGAGUGGGACGCACGCCAUAUCUUUGAGCUCAGCCUGAGCUUGCACAAUAACACCCGCCCAGAAAACAAAUUAAAAAUAGGAAAAAUCCAUCCCAGCCGGUUCAGCCGAGGCAGCGUGCAGUCGGAUUGCUAGGCAACCCCGCAAUCCUGUGGGAAGAGGCCUCGCUGCGCGGAAAUGGCGCUCUGGGCCCGGGUGUGGAUGCGCCGGGGAACAGGGGCAGGCGCCACCGGGACCCACGGACAGCAGAGGACAGAGAAUGCGCUGGGGUGUCAGGGGAUGAGACAGCUGGACCCACAGGAAAAUGCACCCCGUUUCUCCGUGUCUCCGACAUCCAGGUGUUCCGAACGGUGCGGGCAAAACGCCUGGAUUUUCUCGGAUCCCCCGUCCCCGCCCAGUUUCUUCAUCAUCUUCAAGGAGAGGCGACUGAGAGCAGGUUUGGGAGCCGGAGCGGGCGGAGAAGUGCGAGGGUCCUCCGAAGCGAGAGGGGGGAGCCGAGAGGCCCUUGCCCUCUGCGAUGUGCAGGGCACCGGCACCAGGAUGCGCGCGUUCCCCGCGGCUGCCCUAACCAGAACCAGCGCUAAUCCAUGCCUGGCCCGGGCCUCAGGGGUUGAGCGUCGACCUGUGAACCAGGAGGUUACGGUUCAAUUCCUGGACCCAGAGUCAGGAGCAUGUCCAAUGUCAGCGGCCACCAGAGCAAUGCAACUCAGAGCGAGACCCGCCUCCGUUCCUGCCACCUGCGGGGUUUGGGAACGAGGGGCCGAGGCCGAGGUCCGGGGCUGCGGGACGGCCCUCCGCGUGGGAGCGGGCGCGGGCGCGGGGCCUCACCCCAAGGAAACACCCGGGAUCAAGCCCGAAGCCUCAUCUCCAAAGACUCGCGUGCGAGCACCGCGGCGUGGCUGUGGCAUCGGAGGCCUGGAGCAGCUCCACGUCACACCGGUGUGGGGAGCCGCGCGGCGGCGGUGGCAGUACCGUCCAGCGGGCGGCGUGUCAGGCAGCGCGUGCAGUGCGCGCGGAUCACACUCCCGGGCCUGA